GUUACGGCUUGAAAGAGCUCCAUUUUGUGAAAGCAGUUGAAGCAGAGCACCGUCCCUGUGAAAAGGCGAAACCUAGAAACGACAAAAAAAGUCAAAGUUAGCCGACGAACUGCUCGAUAACCAAGUCAGUAUCCGAAAGGAAAGCAAAUCUUAUCGUAUGUCCGAUAUCCAGAACCUCCAAACUUUUGACCCCUUUGCUGAUGCAACUAAGGGUGAUGACCGCCUCCCAGCUGGGACAGAGGACUAUAUCCACAUAAGAAUCCAACAGCGGAACGGCAGGAAGACCCUCACCACUGUCCAGGGCAUUGCCACUGACUAUGACAAGAAGAAGCUAGUCAAGGCCUUCAAGAAGAAGUUUGCUUGCAAUGGGACAGUGAUUGAGCACCCAGAGUAUGGUGAAGUGAUCCAGCUUCAGGGAGACCAACGCAAGAAUAUCUGCCAGUUCCUCAUCGAGAUUGACCUGGCCAAGGAGGAGCAGCUCAAAGUCCACGGCUUCUAGAAGCUGCUAGCAGCCCUCUCCCCUUCUUUCCUAGAAGGCCAUUAAACUCCCUCUCCUCCUAUGUGCUGCUGUUCCUCUUCCUCCCCCCUCUCCCCCCUUGCAACCCCACCAGCUCCUAUUAGCUAACACGUGAAUUACCUCUCCCAAACAUGGGAUUCUGUAACACCACCACCCCCCUACAACACCAGGGGGCAGGCUCGCUCUCACAAAGACACACCACUGCAGCUCCACACAUCAGGGAUGAGUGGUGAUGACCCUCCCACACACUUCCUCCUUCCUUUUCCCCUGUUUAUUUCCUUUUUUAAUUUCCUCUUUUUAGGUCUUGUGCCACAACAAAAGAGGCACUGUUUCAUGUAACAUUUUUGUUUUGUACUUCAAGGUGUUUCAAUAAAACGUUGAGUCUCCAUAUGUUGGAGUGGUGUCAUGGGAAUGGGGCCUGGGUUUGUACAAGAAGGUCACAGACUUUAAAACGGUUUACUGCUGAAGUGGUACACAGGGUUGAAAAUUAACUUUUUGUCCACCGUCCAACUGGCUAGUGAAUGUUCAAAUUUUACCAGCCACUCAGAGUACUGUUGAAGGCUGCGUGAAGCAAAUCUCCUGGCCAUUUGCAUAUUUUACCAGCAUUGCUGGCUGCUGGAUGGUGCUAAUUUUGAACCCUGUGGGUACAUAAGAGGAGACAAAGGCUGCUAGGAGGGGACAAGGAUUCUUGUUUAGGCAUUUGCUGUGAAGUCAGUAUUUUGCUAGCAUAAGUAGCCUCCCUCUCUUCAGUCUGCUUCAAUAUCUCACUGGCAUGGUUUACCUGCCCAGCUACCUACUUGCAGGUUACAGAGCAGAAAUUGUGUGAAGUACUUCUUCAAAUUUGUUUUGCUCCAUAAUUUAAUGGCACAAUACUUAAUGUUUUGUUUUUGCUGCCAAUCUAUGUAUUAAAACUAAAUGGGCCUUCAGUGGUGGUCCUGCUUUGGUCAGAGUGAAGCCUGUUAUGUGGAAGGCUGACUCGAUUUAUUAAGUGAUCAGGUGAAUCCUCCAGAGUGGGAAGCAAAAUACUGGUAAUAUUUGGCUGUAGCUUACUAAGUGAAAGUAUGACAGAAGAUAACAUUGCGUAUAAUUUUGGAUUUACUUGUCAAUUAAGUGGUUUCCUACUCUGGCACUUGACCGGCUUUCUAAUGUGGUCCGAAAACACCGGUUACCGCACAUAUGGUUAUGGACGCUUGAAUCUUAAAGUUCCUAUAAUGCAAUAAUUUAUAAACAGUUAAGAUGUAGUGAUGCUGAAUACAGUAAAGAUCAAAGCCAUGGCCAGGUCGCACUGUGCUCUUGUGACAAAGGGUGAUGGAGAACAAGUCUGUUUUGCAAAAUCCACAUUUGGUUCAAUAAAAUGUCUGCAGUUGA